AUGCCGAGCUGCUGGGUGCUGGUGCUGGCGCUGCUGGGGGGGGCCUGCGCCCUCCCGGCCCCCCUGAGCUACUCCCAGGCGCUGACAAAGGCCGUGGACACCUACAACCAGCGGCCCGAGGUGCAGAACGCCUUCCGGCUGCUCAGCGCCGACCCCGAGCCCGGCCCGUGUCCCCAUGAUGUCACCCCAAAGCAGAAUAGACCCAUCCCACCAUCCUGGCCCUGGCGCUGGCCCACCACCUACCUGGAUGCCAUCCUGGCAGCCGUGCGCUUGCUCAACCAGAGGAUCUCAGGCCCUUGCACCCUACGGCUGCGAACAGCAGAACCGCGACCUGGCUGGCUUGGGACCCUGCAGCGCCAGCGCGAAGUGAGCUUCCUUGUGGAGGAUGCCCCAUGCCCACCUGGGGUCGACUGCAGGAGCUGCGAGCUGGGGGCCCUGCAGCGCUGCGUGGGCACCGUGUCCGUGGAGCAGCAGCCCACAGCUGAGCUGCGCUGCAGCCCGCUGCGGGUGCAGCCCCUCCGCAACUGGUGGACCCGCAUCCGGGAGUGGUGGGAGGGCAUCAGGAACCGCCUGCGGCAGCGCGGUGCCUUCCACGUCCGCGGGCGCCUGAACAUCAGCAGCACGGCGCGGCCAUGAGCAGCCCCAGAGUGGCCGUCAUCGAGUGUCCCCAAUAAAGGCCCCUUCUGUCUGCC